UCCUCUCGCGUGAGUAUUAUUUCCGGCAGUAGUUAUAAUCUUAGGAAAAUAAUUCUGACAUAAAGCGUGAAAUAACGUUAACACACCACGUUUAGCUUUCAUCUGUCACCUCGAGGUUAGGAUGGUCGAAGACAAAAACUACGAAUUGGGCAGUAGGAUCGAGUGUGACGGCUCUUUGGGUACCCUGAGAUAUGUUGGGCCAGUAGGCGACACGAAAGGUGAAUGGCUGGGAAUAGACUGGGAUGAUCCAUCACGUGGAAAGCACAACGGCACAUACGAGGGUGUUAAGUACUUUACAACUUGGCACCCGACAUCAGGCUCAUUUAUUCGCCACGGUAAAGCAAAUUUUGGGAUCUCUUGUCCUCACGCAAUUAAAUCUCGUUAUGGUUUGAUCAAUGACGAUUUGGCGGGCAUCGAUAGGGAGAACUUAACGAGUCUGCAAAAGGAGAUAAAUGCACCGUUUCUAGAGAUGGUUGGUUUUUCAAAGGUUAAUAAGAAACAAAGCAAAUUCGAUCAACUAGAAAUAAUAUGGCUGCGAGACCAAUCGGUUAGCAAUGCAGGAAACCCAGUAGAACUGGAGACAUUGUGUCCAAGAUUGAAGGAGCUCGACAUUUCUAGAAAUUUAAUUAAUUCUUGGAAAGUUAUAUCUGACAUUUGCAUUCAGCUUCGUUCUCUCACAAGGCUCAAUGUUAGCGAAAACAAACUGCCGUGCGAUAUUGAAGUGGAGGAAUUUAAAAAAUCGUUUACAAAUGUUACCCACUUAACGAUGGCAAGGAUGAAUUAUAAUUGGGCAGAUGUGCAACGAUGCAUUGAAAUGUUUCCAGCAAUAAGAGAACUUUCGAUUUCUUUCAACAUUGUAAAUACAAUAGAAAGACCGCCAGAUUGUUCAAACAUAAUGAAACUCAGAGCCCUAACUCUUGAGGGAAAUUUAAUCGAAAAUUGGAAUGAAAUAUUGAAAUUAGGCUCACUUCCUUGCUUGGAAUAUCUAAAUGUCAAUGAAAAUAGAAUAAAAGUUGUAAGUUUUCCGACAGACAAGUCAAUGACCAAGACAAGCUUAUUUGCCAAUCUUAGGCAGUUGCAUAUAUCUAAAAACGACAUAUCAGAGUGGCGAUCCAUCAGCGAGUUGGAUAAGCUUGUGAGUCUUGAAGACUUGAAAUUUCGGGACAAUCCGAUUCUGAAGUGUGGAACUCCUGAGACCACACGCCAGCUAAUUAUUGCCAGAAUAUCAAAGCUUAAAUAUUUAAACGGCACCGAAGUUUGGCAUGAUGAAAGGACUGGUGCUGAAUAUGAUUACUUGAAAUUAUUCGGAAAACAGUGGCUUGAUACUGAAAGCAUUCCAGAAAAAAGACUAGAAUUCAUAACUGAACACCCUCAAUAUCCUUCAUUAAUUAAAAAAUAUGGAUUACCAGACGUUCAUGUGCCAAAAUUGAACGCCGGAAUGGGAUCAAAUGUAAUAUCUGUGGAGUUUAUUUGUCCGGAUGAUCCGAAUCAGCCGCAGAAAAUUAAAAGAAAGCUGCUCAAGGAUAUGGAAGUCCAAAAGGUCGUUGGAAUUGUACAACGAUUGUUUAAAACUAGUGGAAAAAUUCCCACUCUAUCUUUUGUGCAGCGGACGCUGUCCAGCAACGAAAUAAAAUUAGACAAACCGCUACAAAAUUUGAGCUAUUUUUCCAUCCAAGACGGUGACCAGAUUCUUGUCAGAUGGUGACAUAUGUAUAUUAUAUACAUCAUGCAUAGAUUAAUAUAAAAGUAUUUUCGAUACUGUUAAAAUUCCAACAUCGUACUAUAUGAUCGUGAAAUUAAAUUAGUGCAGUUACACUGUGACCUCAAAUUGUGUUCAUUUUUAUUUCUCGAUUUCGCUUCACUCAGUCUUUAACAUUUAUGCUUAUAUUUGCUUUUUGGUUUUGUUUCUGCACUCUUGAUUAUAAUACAGAAUAUAAAUCGGUGAUGUAUGUGAUAUGAAUUCUGUUAAGCAAUGUAUGUUAUCGUCUCACUGUGAAAUCAUCUACUUAUAUUGUAUUCACUGAGCGAUCAUUUUCUUCAGACUUUUCUGUUUGAUAGCUAGGGCGACUUAUUUUUCUUAAUUAACGUUGCGAAUUUGGAAAUCCUAUUUAGGUUACAACAUGUAACCAAGUUCGAAAUGAUAAUGCAAUUAACGUGCUUUAUUGAAUGCUAAUAAUCCUGUGAACUGAAACUGUGAAUUAUUUAAGGAAGCUUUUUUAAUAAAAAAAAUAAAAAAAUGAAAUGAAA